UACGAUGCUGGCUUGCAAUCUUCCUGGACAGCUCCAUGCUGGACUGGUAGCACAUCCGAAGAGGAGCAGGACAUUGUCCGCAAAGCGCCAUGAAGCAUUGCUCGCACGUUCAAGAUUCUGGCGCGAGGUUCAGCGUGAAAAGAAAAUGGAGACGCUCAUGGCAAAAUACGAUAAGAGCAAAACAGGCAAUCUGAAUAUGCAGGAAUUAGGCGACUUCUUGCAAGAUGCUGCAAAAGGAGUUAGGCCGUCAGACGAGGAGAUAAACUUUGUGAUGAGGAGCACGCAAUCUAAGGACGGAGGAGUCGGAGAUGCCAUAACCAAAUCUCAGAUCAUGAUCGCACUGGAUGUAUGGAGGCAUUACGAGAAGACCAAACCGGAGAUAGAGACGUACUUCAAGAAGUAUGAUACCAACAAUUCAGGGAUGUUAGAAUUCGACCAGGCAGACAGUCGUCAACUGAAGAAUCUCCUGACGGAACUCAAUGACGGAAUUCCACCUCCUGACGACGAGGUUAGGUGGAUCGAAUCGAACGCAGACGGAUCGUUGAAAGGUGUCCAGAAGACUGGAGGCAUCAACAAGACGGAGCUGAUGGGAGCCAUAGCGUUGUGGUAUACUCACAUCGAAGAGGCACAAACGAAGACGACAACCAGCAGUUGUUGUGUGAUACAGUGAUGUACAAGAUAUCAGGCUUCUGAGGAGCAGAAGCGCAUUUUUGGAGUUGGCUCAGCCACUUUCUACAUGAAAGGGAUUUCCCAUGCAGUUUUCCCCCC